AUGCCUGGAAGAAAAGAUGUUGAGAUUGUUGUUGCAUUGGAGGUUGUUGCUCAGGCGAUGCCGAAUCAGCCUAAUGUUGGAAUGAUUAAUGAGUCUCGUAGUUUAAGUAUGUUCCAGAGGGAGAAUCGACCUACCUUCAAGGGUAAGUACUAUCCUGAUGUAGUACAAGAGUGGCUUAAAGAGAUCGAGAGGAUCUUCAGGGUGAUGGAUUGUUAUGUUGCGCAGAAGAGAUUCAGAGUUGUGGGUGAGGUGAUUACUUGGGCUGUGUUCACGAGGGAGUUCAUGAGUAAGUAUUUUCUCAAAGAUGUCCAUGGAAAGAAACAGAUCGAGUUCCUUGCGCUGAAACAAGGGAAUUCAUUUGUUACUGAGUAUGCUGCUAAGUUCGUGAAGCUUGUGAAGUUUUAUCCACACUAUAGGGCGGAGACAGAUGAGUUUUCAAAGUGUAUAAAGUUUGAGAGUGGAUUGCGUUCAGAGAUCAAACGAGCGAUUGGAUAUCAACAAAUCCAUAGGUCUGCGGAGUUGGUGAACAACUGUCGGAUUUAUGAAGAAGACAAUAUUGCUCAUUCACCUCAUUAG